AUGCUGAUCGACGCAGAAGUCGAGGGUGCGGUCGACAACCGGGUAUUCUCGAGAGCGUUGGUGGAUUUGGCGCGGAGGGCGGGCUGCGCGGGUGAAGAAUGCGAGGGCAAGUUGGUGGAGUUGAUAUUCGGGGUCGCGACGAAUAUACGGCUGCGACCCAACAUCCUGCCGGCUUGGUUCUUCCCGAAGGGCUCGAUCGAGGACGAAGCCGAGACCAGAGAGGCUGGUGAAAUAUUUGCGGGGGCGACCAGGAAGGAGGAUUUCCCCCUGUUCUAUUUACUUUUGGAUUAUGUUCAUUUCGCCGGGAGGAUAGGCGAUUUUGCCCGUACGGGGCUCUUAUAUAUAAUCGAAACGGCGUCCAGGGCGAAGGAUUUGGAACGCUGGCUUAUUGAGAGCGAUCUAGCUACGUUGAUGGCUACCGGGCUGGGAGGCUUGUAUAGUCAAUUGGGCAGGGUGCUGCCCCAAGCUCACGAUGUCGAGAUUCCCCCGAUAGUUGCCCUAUCUGACGACACUCGCCUGGAAGCAUAUAUCCGAUACGAUCUUGGUGGCAAUAUGGAUUCUUUCCUUUCGUACCUUUUGUUUUGGCAGGACGCUGUUGAUCACUGCAAGUCUGUUGAGUUGAAUGAUACCCUUUUAGACCAUUUUCAAGUUCUUUUCCUAGAGCAAUUACUAUACCCGUCUCUGCUUGAGUCUUCCGACGUCGACGGAGGUUCAACUCCGGCCGUCACCAGCUAUCUAUCGCGGAUUUUGGAAUCGAUCGAUCAGCCUGAGCUGAUUCACCGUAUAUUACACUUCUUGCUAGCAUCUCCCUCUGAAAAGGACAAACGCAAGCCCGUCGAGCAAGCUAAAAUGUCAGUAAGCCGUCGCAAAUCGCUGGACAUCUUGUCGUCCUUUGCCGAAGCUGCCGCAGUACCAUCGCCAGCGCUCUUCAAUUUGGUGGAUUUAACUUCAAUGAGCAUCAAAUCACACAAUAACCAGACUCUUGUGGCUACGUUAAGACUAAUUACUGUCAUUCUGCAACGCCAUCACCACUUCACCAGUUCCCUCAUCAAAGCCGCGCCAAAAUCGGAACCAUUGCCAAAGCUGAGAACGCUUGGUGCUCUCAAUGCCGAAUUGCAACAGUUGUUCAAUUUUGCAAGUAUGAUCUAUGAAAAUCCGUCAUUGGAUCAAUCCUAUGGCAGUUAUCUGGCCAGUGCGUCGACUGUCCUCUCCGCGCGAUCGUCGAUGAUGUUUUGGAACAAAUCGCCCGAUCCCUGCCUCGAGAGUUCAACGAUGCUCCAGGUCGGCGACAGCAUCUUCCAAGGAAUGUUGGACCUUCUGAGCCAUUUUUUCACCAAUAAUGUUAUCACCAACCUCGCUUUGACAAGUGCGGUCGCAGCUAUGGCGACUUCAAAUUUGAUCUCUCUAGAUGGCUGGCUGCUCGUCUCUCCAGACAAAUACCGAUUUGUGGACGGCUCGGAUAAGAAUGGAGCAUCAGAUCAGCUGUCAGAUGGGCCCGCCAGCGGACGAUUCCAGGAUUCUGGAAGCCAGUUAAACUUUGCAUACGCGCAACCCUCUUGGCCCGACGAUGAUCUUCCAGCCCUGUCAGCGGUUUUAUAUAAAUUAGCCAAACAAGUCCACAGUUGGCGCGAAUCGAUACCCGAUUUUGAUAGAUUGCUCGCAGGUCGAAGGGAUCUACUUCGUUUCAGGGAUCAAGAAUCAGAGACAGGAACAGAAGUAGGGCCACAUUUAUCCGACGAGAGCGGUAGCCGCGCAAGGGUCAGAAACGACCGCAGCACGGAAUCUUCCAGAGGACGCAAGUCGUCGCAGCAACGAGCGCUAGGAGAAAAUUCCCCGUCACGGCUUGCCGCACGCCCUCCAUCCAACCGUCCCUUCUCCAGGUCCCGCAAUUCGUCCUCCCAACGUCCAGCUUCACGAUCACGUUCUCGUGCGCACCUUCUUCCCAUUGACCUCCACAGGCGGCUUGCCAGCCCCCUCUCAGCCGAGCUUGGCCGCGCUCCGAAUCAGGGAGACCCUGGUGGCAGUAUCAUCGACCCCGUUCCCCAUCCGGCACCGGUUCAGCCCCGUGAGGCAUCUGACGGCGAUACAGUGAGCGCAGAGGGCGCGACGUUGGGACAUGUCCUAACUAAUGUUGUUAUUUUGUAUGAAUUUGUUCUAGAACUUACAGCACUGGUGCAGAUGAGGGCAAGUAUGUUUCAAGAAGUGACUUUAAGCCCAGUCGAAGGCUCGUCGUGA